CGACAAGCGCGAGACGUUCUCGCGACGCGAACAACUGCGCUUGCACCCCAGCGCUCAGUGGUAACUCGACCAGUGAUCGACACGCACGCUGACCAGCACUGCUUGUAUCGGGAGAUAUCCCAGCCAGAAUAAUAACGAUGCCCUGCCACGCUCUCUUUCAUGCCUACCUGCCUGGUGACAGCAAGCUACGGGACCGCACACCUGAACGUCCAUAGAUCCUCCAAGUGCCGUAGCUUGCCAACGCCUACCAUCCUCAGCCGCUCAGCCGUCAAGCUCCAAGGACCGAUAAACGCGAGCCGUUCCGCGACUGCGCCUUGUACACCAGCGCUCAGUGUGGAUGAUGGUCCUUGUGAGUCUGCACAGCCAUCGCAUCGUCACGCCCUGCGCGGCCUCACGUCAAGCUGGGGCUCGACCGCUCGCCGCGUGCCCCAGCCUCAUCUUGCGUGGUUAUUUCUCUACAUGGUGUCCUCGUCACCAUGGGCGUUCUCACGCGGAGCGGCUCCUGCAUGUGGGUUGGUCGUGCGCUUCUUCGUCGUGUGGUCGCGAUGUAAUGGCCUGUUGGAGCUCGUUCUCGGACGGACGAUGGUGGCUAUGGCGAGAUGGCUGCUUGAGAGGGUUUUCAGUAUCCAUAUCGUCCGAACGGUCGACGGGCGUGCGCUCGGUGAUUGUACUUUUGUGUGCUCAAGACGCGAUACCACGCCACGGAGCCGCGCGUGGUACGACAGGCAUGAUGAACUCGCAUUUCAUACGACUUCUCCGGCAGGAACGUACUUCAACAGCUGAAAGGAAGCGGACGCCAAUGCCGCUCCCACGUCAUGCACACGUCUCUGAACAAGUUUCAAAACCAUCUUGCCAGCCUUCAGCUUCAGACUCAAGCUCCGCCUGUCCUGCUCGUAGUCUUCGCUCUUACGCUGCCCCAGCCUCAUCUUGUGUGGUUAUCAGUAUCUCCAUCGUGUCCUUGUCACCACGAGCAUUCUCACACGGAGCGGCUCCUGCACGCGGGUCACUCGUACGCUUCUCCUUUGUUACACGCGCACUCGCGACGCAUACCCUGAUGGAGCUCGUUCUCGGACGGCGAUGGUGGAAAUGGCGAGACGGCUACUGGAGGGUGUUCCAGUGUCUAUAUCGUCAGAACGGAUUCCUGUGCGCUCUGAUGAAUGCAUGCUCAAGACGCGAUACACACCACGCCACGGAGCCGUGCGUUUGGUCCCACAGGCGUAAUGAAAUCGCAUUUCAUACGACGUCCGGCGGGAACGCGCGUCUGGUAUCACAGGUAUAAUGAAGAUGCAUUUCAUACAGCUUCUCCGGCGGGAACGUAAACAGCUGAGAAGAAGAUGCAUGCUGUUCAGGCAAGCCGUCAAGCAAGCUCUCGUAAUUGGAUAAGCAUCUUCUGUACCUACCGCUAGCGCCUGUCAAGUUGACAAUAUCAAUAUUCAUCGGACCUAGCG